AUGCUGGACCCCGUCUCCGGGCCCUCGCGCCAGUCGCGCUCGCCGUCGCCCGACUCUCCGCCCGCCAAGCGGGCCGCCUCCGCUGACUCGUCCGGCUAUGAAACCGAUACGCCGGACGAGGUGCAGCAGGAGGCGGUCCGCAGGGUAUGCGGCGCGCUCGGCAUGAGGGAGCAGUUCGAGGCGGCGAUGGCGGCGGGAGAGCUGCUCGAGAUGCUCGAGAGCUUGCCGCGAGGGGCGGUCGAGGCCUCUGUCCGACAGAUGCGGGGUUACAACCGCACGGGCGAGUGGCCAGAGCCCAUCCUCACCAGCCCUGCCCCGCAGCGCGGCCGCUCGCCAAGCCCCGUCGAUGAGUGGUCAGAUGGUUAG